UUUUUGGUUAAAAGUAAACACCUAUGAAGAGCAGCCAAAUAUUAGAUUCCAAUAUCAAGUUUUGAUGAUUGUUGGAACUAGCGCAAGUGGUGACUUUGUGGCUUGGAGCACGUUUGAGAACUUUAAUAAUCUGCAAGGGGACAAUCUUCGAUUCCCAUUAGUGACAGCUAUGGAAGAAGACCAAAAUCAGGAUGGGAAGAUGGAUCGUCUGAAUUUCCACCUCGAGCUACCACUCCAACCAUCUGAACAAGUGUACAGUGUGCAAUUUAUUCUGACAUUUUCAUACCAGCUUUUUAGAAUGUCGACAUUUGUAAUGCAGAGUAUGGCAUAUACCUACUUCUCAUCCUCCAUACCUGGGUCUCAGCUUAGUGUGAAUGGUGACUUACAGCUACAUCAAAGAGAGCCACUUCGGCACAAAGGUCUUGACACACGUUACAACGUUUCAAUAUUUAAUGAUAACAGUCCAUUUGCUAGUGCCUUUGACCUGGCACAAAUCAUUUCAUCAUAUCAAGAUAGAAAUGUAACAACAAUUUUCACCAAUCAGUAUCCUGUGUGGACAGUAGGGAGAGCUGCUGAUGCCCCAUUUGUCUUUAAUGCUGUCAUCAGAUAUCCUGUGGAAAUGAUCACAUAUCCUUUUUAAAAUUCAAAAUAAUGAAUAAAGUAAGAUUCUGCCAGACUGUGCUGUACCUUUUUAGGGAAAAGGGUGCAAUUGUGAAAAUAGAGAGAAUUUCAACUGUCCUUCUUUGGCUUACCAUUUAAAUAAAAAGGUUCUGCCUUAUUUAAUAAAUUGUAAUUUGAUUUUCAACAGCAAUGGAAUAAUCAAAUUUGAUGUAUAAUUGAACUUGACCUGGAAGAGAUAAUUUAAUGUUUUUAGAGUGCAGUAAAAUGAUUAGUUAAUUAGUAGCAUUUUAAACUUUAAUUUAAAUGAUGCUUUAUUAAAAGUUUAAUUCUACCUUCACUCCAUUUGUAUAUCCAAGCUACAAUUAAUUAUAUGUUAGAAAGUUUUUUAAAUGUUAUUUUGUUUUAUUGCUUUGUUUCCUUCACGGUUAGCUGUGAAAAGCCUUUAAUGUGAUUGGUUACUUGAUUAGCCAGAUAAUUGCUCACCGGGCUGUAAAUACCUAGUAAAGAAUGUUUCAAUCAAUUUCAAUGACAGUAUAGUGAUACAACUGAAAGUCUCAGCAUUGAGAUUGCUAGAGCUGUUAGCAAGACAAAUGUCAGCCCAAUGUUUUGCAUGUAACUGUUGUUUAAAAUGUAGUGCUGAAGUUCAAGGAAUUACAUUGUAGUGAUAUUAUUUUUCAUGUAAAUAUGCUUGAUGCCAUAUUAUUUGUUUUUAAAAAAAAACAAACAGAAAAAAAGCAAGAUCCAGGAAAAGACUAGCUGUUCUGUCAAUUCAGGCAAGACCAUCAUCUUAUGAUGCUGGACCAGUGUGACUAGACCCACUCCCACUCUCCCACAGCCACAAGAUCUCUUGGUGGAAACAAAAAUAAUCUUUCAAAAAUGGUGUCAUAUUACUCAUUGUAAGAAUCAUUUGCAGUCCUUACAAGUGGUGGUAGUUAACCUGUUCUGGAGUAUUUCAUUACAGUUUGGGCACCACAGAACAUCAUUGAAACCAAGGAGAACAUUCAGCACAGAUUCAUUAAAAUGAUAAAAACCAAAAGAACUGCAGAUGCUGUAAAUCGGGAGCAAAAACAAAGUUGCUGGAAAAGCUCAGCAGGUCUGGCAGCAUCUGUGAAGGAUAAAACAGAGUUAACGUUUCAAGUCCGGUGACCCUUCCUCAGAACUGGUGCCAAACCUGCUGAGCUUUUCCGGCAACUUUGUUUUUGUUCAUUAAAAUGAUCCUGGGUUAGAGAGUUAAAUUAUGAGAAUAGGUUUACAGAAAAUUAGGGUGUGUUCACUUCUUCUGCAGAUAAGAUUUGAAAUGAUAAAUGCAUUUGACAAAGUCCAUACAGAUAAAAAUAUUUUCUCUGGGGAUUAACUUCUUUUUAUUUUUUUCCUUAAUUGUGUAAUAAUUACUUAUCGACCCGGUUUCUGGGAAAUGAUUAAGAUUGCUUGGAUUCAGUAUGUCAGCAUUCUCUUCAUUUUUUUGUGGGUGUUUGAGAAAAUCAAGCUUUUUGUUUUCCAAAAUCAUGUGUU